UGCAGUAUUGUUGCACAGUGGAGUGAGAGCGCACGAGCCCAGAGCGUUCGCGGGGAGGAUGGGACUGUUUACGAGGGGGGUCAUAGCUAAAGUGAGACACAUUUGACUGGCUGGGCCUCUGGCCAUGAUGGCCCCACGUAAGCGAGGAGGGCGGGGCCUGUCAUUCCUCUGUUGCUGUCUAAAGAAGAGCGACCAUCCCGAGAUCACCUACCGCCUCCGCCAUGACAGCAACUUCACACUGCAACCCAUGGAGCCCACCCUGCCUAUGCCCCCCACCGAGGAACUGGAUGCCAUGUUCACUGAACUGGUGGAUGAGCUGGAUCUCACAGAAAAACAUAGAGAGGCCAUGUUUGCCCUUCCUGCCGAGAAGAAAUGGCAAAUCUACUGUAGCAAGAAAAAGGAUCAGGAAGAGAAUAAAGGGGCGACCAGCUGGCCUGAAUUCUACAUCGAUCAGAUAAAUUCUAUGGCUGCUAGGAAGUCCCUGCUGACCCUGGAGAAGGAGGAUGAGGAGGAGAGGAGUAAGACCAUAGAGAGCUUGAAAACUGCUCUCCGUACACAGCCCAUGAGGUUUGUGACACGCUUCAUAGACCUCGAUGGACUGACGUGCGUCUUGAACUUCCUGAAAACGAUGGACUACGAGACCACCGAAUCUCAGAUCCACACCUCACUGAUCGGCUGCAUUAAAGCCCUGAUGAACAACUCUCAGGGACGUGCCCAUGUGCUCGCUCAUUCAGAAACCAUCAACAUCAUCGCUCAGAGCUUGGCCACCGAGAACAUCAAGACCAAAGUGGCUGUUCUGGAGAUCAUGGGUGCUGUUUGCUUGGUGCCUGGAGGACACAAGAAAAUCCUGGAAGCCAUGUUGCACUAUCAGAAGUUCGCCUGCGAACGUACGCGAUUUCAGACCCUUCUAAAUGACUUGGACAAGAGUACGGGCCGCUACAGAGAUGAGGUGAACCUCAAGACGGCAAUCAUGUCCUUCAUCAACGCGGUCCUCAGUCAAGGAGCAGGGGAGACCAGUUUGGAGUUCAGAAUUCAUUUGCGGUAUGAAUUUCUAAUGCUGGGCAUCCAACCAGUGAUUGAUAAAUUACGGUCCCAUGAAAACUCCACGUUAGAUCGGCAUUUGGACUUCUUUGAGAUGCUACGAAAUGAAGAUGAAUUAGCCCUCGCUAAGCGGUUUGAAAAUGUUCAUAUAGACACUAAAAGUGCUACUCAGGUGUUUGAUCUCAUCCGGAAGAGGAUAAACCACACAGACGCCUUCCCACACUUUAUGUCCGUCUUACAGCACUGUCUUCAUAUGCCUUACAAAAGAAAUGGAAAUACUGUGCAGUACUGGCUCCUCCUCGAUCGAAUUGUCCAGCAGAUUGUCCUACAGAACGACAAGGGUCAUGACCCCGAUGUGGCUCCUCUUGAGAACUUCGACGUGAAGAACGUAGUGCGAAUGUUGGUAAACGAGAACGAAGUGAAACAAUGGAAAGAGCAAGCGGAAAAAAUGAGAAAAGAACAUAAUGAACUUCAGCAGAAGCUGGAAAAGAAAGAAAGGGAGUGUGAUGCAAAAGCCCAAGAGAAAGAAGAAAUGAUGCAAACUCUCAAUAAGAUGAAAGAGAAGCUGGAAAAGGAAAGCAGCGAACAUAAACUUGUUAAGCAGCAAGUUGCUGACCUUUCUGCCCGGUUACAUGAGAUGAGUAAUAGGACAAAUGUCCCAGGAGGCCCCCCACUCGUCCCGUUGGCCCCUGGUAGCAUCCCACCUCCACCACCAGGUCUGGCUGGCAUUCCUCCUCCGCCACCUUCAGGUGGAGCACCACCGCCACCGCCCCCUCCACCUGGCGGACCACCACCUCCUCCAGGCCUGCCCGGAUUUGGUGCUCCUCCACUUCCUGGAGGACUUCUGGGCUCCAUGCUGAAGAAAAAGAACAUCCCUCAGCCGUCCAAUCCGCUCAAGUCUUUCAACUGGACCAAACUCAGUGAACAGAAAGAAUCAGAGGAUGACACUGUCACUUCUAAAAAGGUCAAAGAAUUGUCUGUCAUCGAUGGACGGCGUGCACAAAACUGCAACAUCCUUCUCUCCAAAAUCAACCACUACCAGCAAAAACUGCAGUCUCUUUACUUCAAAAAGAAGUUUGCAGAAAGAAUAGCAGAAAUCAAGCCCAAAGUAGAAGCUCUCAGUAAAGCCUCUAAGGAGGUUCUUCAGAGCAAGAAUCUUCGACAGCUUCUGGAGGUGGUGCUGGCCUUCGGCAACUACAUGAACAAAGGUCAGAGGGGCAAUGCUUUUGGCUUCAAAGUGUCCUCUCUCAACAAGAUCGCUGACACCAAGUCCAGCAUCGACAAGAACGUCACUCUCCUGCACUACCUGAUUACCAUUCUUGAGCAGAAGUACCCUAAAGUCAGCCUGAUUCAUGAGGAUCUGCACAACGUUCCAGAAGCAGCCAAAGUCAACAUGACUGAACUGGAGAAAGACAUUAACAAUCUGCGCACUGGCCUUAAAAGCGUGGAGACGGAGCUGGAGUACCAGAAGAGUCAGCCUCAGACCUACGGCGAUAAGUUUGUGUCUGUUGUGAGUCAGUUCAUCACUGUGGCUGGUUUCAGUUUCUCUGAAGUGGAAGACUCUCUUCAGGACGCCAAGGAUUUGUUUGAGAAGGCCGUGAAGCACUUUGGUGAGGACGCCACACGCAUGCAGCCCGAAGAGUUCUUCGGCAUCUUUGAUCAGUUCCUACAGGCAUUCAGUGAAGCUAAACAGGACAAUGAGAACAUGCGACGACGCAAGGAGGAGGAAGAGCGCAGAGCCCGCUUGGAGGCGCAGCUCAAGGAACAACGUGAGAAGGAAAGAAAAGCCCGGAAAGCCAAAGAGAACUGCGAGGAGGAUGGAGAAUUCGACGACCUGGUGUCAGCACUCCGAUCCGGGGAGGUGUUUGACAAAGACCUAUCAAAGAUGAAACACAACCGCAAGCGUCCCGUCAAACAGAGUGCAGAGAGCAGCAGAGAGAGGCCCAUCACCAAACUCAACUUCUGAGGAAGCUGCUUGAGUGAGUGCUGCCUCCUGUUGGUAGAGCUGAGACGUUACACCUGCGUGCACAAGCUCUCUGUUUAGAGCUGGAGAGGAUAUCCAGGCCCUGCUCUGUGCUGACUGCCAAGAUGCUUCUUAAAGAUUUAUAAAGUAUUUUCUAAACAUGUAAAUCAGAUGUUAUAGUGUUUGUGUUGACGAUGACAGGAGCCACUAUGGUGCUUGUGCACCAUAGUUCACAGAAAGAAUGAGCAGAAAGGGCUACAAACUGAUGCUGAAAUUCAGAAACACCUUUUUUCACAGUUUUGCUUGCCUGACAACCAUAAACCCCAUUUAUAUCUGUCUGCUCAGUGCUCAGAUACUGCAUACAUUUUUGUUGAGUUAUUGUUGGUGUUCAACGUGCACUAUCAAGAAACAGGCAUGGUUUUGCAAUAUGCGGUGUGGUAAACACUAAAUGUCAGUGUUUUGGAAGCAAAAGUGAGUUUUGUUCAAUUGUGGGACACAAAUAAUAACCAGUGAUACUUGUAUAUCAUUGGAUGUUGAGGUCUGAUUGUAAUGAGUAUUUCCUUUUGUUACAUUUGUAACGCAAGCACAAGCGAUUGUUUGUUAAUAAACUGUCCAUUCCAGACCUGUUAAAGCACAACGAACAACUUAAUAUCCAGAAAACAACCUCUUGUAUAAAAUGUUAAUGAAAUGAAAGUGUUUAUUAUAAAUCUACAGAUGCCAUGUAUUAAAUGUACUGACAGGAAGUUUAGUGGAAAAAAUAUGCUGGUCAAACUUUGAUUGCAAAUAUAUUUUAGAGGAUGACAGAAGGACACAAUUUCCUUUUUUUUCCCCGCAGUUACCAAAAAGAACAUUCAUUAAAAAGAGCUGUGGAUGCAAAACCUGCCGUGCAUGUAUAUUCUUGUAAUUUCUUUUGUUUAUGUUUAAGGUUGUAUAUAUGUACAUAUACCCAUUGUUUACUCUUUUGUCCAAGGCUUUUUCUUAGUCCUUGACACUAUUAUUCUGUGCUAAUAUUUUUUUUUUCCUGUUGAUCGGAUGCCAUUCAAUCUUUUUCACUAAUA